AAUUGCAAACGUGACCGCUUGCUUGUAGCUGUCGCGUGGUAACCAUCACGUCGCAUAUCGACAAAACUUCACGGUUACACAAUAGUUCCAACCGGGUCACACAUCUUAGGUGUACGCGACUUCAACCGCGUCGUACAAUCCGGAAUUAGUGUUUUUUAAAUACCGAUAUCUUUGAAUCGCGAUCGGGUUUUUAAAAAGUGCCUUCAAAUGCAGAUUGUUUCGUGAAAGAGAUCAGCUAUUUAGCAGGCUGUUAUUGGAACUAAGAAAUAUGUAGUCUAGUCUACAUCCUAUCUACGCCGCACUUUUCUGUACGGGUUUUAUUGGAAUGAUUAAGAUUCCAGUUAUUCCUGUUCAUUCGUGAAUAAUAACUUCUCAUCAUAUUUUUUUUCUGGAAUCCAAAUUAAUUCUUUGUGGACGAAGCUUGUCUUCCAACAUACGUUCGUAGGUAUCUCACGUCAUUCCCAAGUAACACUCCUGCCUUCCUAAAUAACCACUCAAAAUGAACAUGUUCAGAACAAUGCUGAACUCCAUACCAAAGAACAGGUCUGAGUACGUCGAGGACUUGGAGAUACCGGAGAUAACGCUGACGCCUUACGAGUGGUUGGAUCCUGAGGAGCCUCUCUCCUUGAGGAGUGAGAGCCUCCUUACUGACAGUUUGGCGGAGAUCGACAGGGCUACUUAUAGCACUGACUCUAGUAUUCCGCUGUCCAGGGCUAUGACUGACUCGGAGAUUGAUUAUGGGUUUUAUAAACGGUACAACCGGUUGAACUACACCGACACUUGGGAUCACCUGCGAGAUGCUGUGAACGCCUUCCCGCCAGAUUACAUGGCUUCUUUGAACAGUUACAUCUCACUAGAACCAACUGACGAACUUGAAGCUGCUGAACUAAGAUUAUCAGCCGAGUUAGCGGAGACCCGUCGUCGCUACAAUGAGGAAUGGCGCCGACGCAUACAGAGGCAGUUUGAUGACUGCUGCGUGUACGAACCUGAUGACCCUGGACUGUGGGAGCUGCGGGACGCGCUGAGGAGCUUGGACAUGAAGGUCUUGGAUUUGAAACAGGCUCUGGAAGCUGACUUGGCCAGCAUAAGGCCACGACCGUGAAACGCAACUUCACCGGCACCGGCACCGGCCUCUACGUACGGCAUCCAAGGGGCAUGGGGCUUCUCAGAUAUAGUACCUACUUCACUGCAUUUAGUUUAGGUGUCUGUUACUAGCUUCUACCAGCGGUUUCAAGCGCACUCCCAAUUUUUUUAACGCACCUGGAAAAAAAGUGGCAUAUAGCUCUUCAAUACAUGGCAGUCCAGCGCUGAAAUAUUUUUUCAAAUGUACCCAGUACAAGUAGUAAAAUAAUUUUACAUUAUUUAAUUUUCAAUUUCAAACCAAUGAUUGUAUUUUUAUCAUGUUUUGCUUUCUUGUAAUAGGUAUAAGAAUAAAACGAAUGCUUUGUGUAAAAUGUAGUUUUAAUGGGAAUGAUCUCCAACAUCAGCUACAACAAUGUACUUAACAUUAUGUACUACGACGGGCAUCACAAUUCAAUGCACUCCUGCGCAAUGCAACCUUACAACAAUACUUCUUGCACGACAAAAUAGUUUACUUGAUCACGGCAUAGAUUUCAUUUUAAUGUAAGAAAAUUUAGGUUUACUCUAUUAUGUAGAUUUGUAACAUCGUAUUAAUAUAAAAAUAUUGAAAAAUGUAUGAAAAAAAAAAUGUAUACUUUUAUUUUAGGCAACUAAGGCUCAUAGAUAUACAAAUACACAUAUAUAAUUUGUAAUAAAACUUUUAAACUUAUUGACAGAAUCUAAGUAUCUAAUAUUUCCAUACGCAAAAAUUCAAAUUGAUCUUUAUUUCAAUAAGUAAACUAUUUUGUCGUCCACAACACUCAAAUAAAAUAUAAUAAAAC